UUGCACCCCGCGACGCAGGGCGCGCAGCACUCUUGCGGAAGUGGUGUGAGGGGAAUGUCGGGCCGUGAAUGAUCGCUUUUUGAAGCAGCUCCGGACAUCAGCGUUAUGGCACAACAGAAGAAUCUCGAGGGAUAUGUUGGCUUUGCAAGCCUUCCCAACCAAGUCUACAGAAAGUCUGUGAAACGGGGUUUCGAGUUCACACUAAUGGUUGUGGGUGAGUCGGGAUUGGGCAAGUCCACAUUGAUUAAUUCCUUGUUCCUCACGGGACUGUACUCCACGGAGCACACGGGUCCUUCACAUAGAGUCAAGAAGACCGUGCAGGUGGAGCAGUCCAAAGUGCUGAUGAAGGAGGGCGGAGUUCAGCUCUUGCUCACCAUGGUGGACACGCCAGGGUUCGGAGACGCCGUAGACAACAGUAACUGCUGGCAGCCAGUCAUCGAUCACAUUGACAGCAAGUUUGAGGACUACCUGAAUGCAGAGUCACGCGUCAACAGGCGGCAAAUGCCCGACAACAGAGUUCACUGCUGCCUGUACUUCAUCGCGCCCUCAGGACACGGCCUGAAGCCGCUGGACAUCGAGUUCAUGAAACGGCUGCAUGAGAAGGUCAACAUCAUCCCACUGAUUGCCAAAGCAGACACACUUACUCCUGAAGAGUGCCAGCAGUUCAAGAAACAGAUCAUGCGGGAAAUCCAGGAGCACAAAAUCAAAAUCUACGAGUUUCCAGAGACUGAUGACGAAGAGGAGAACAAGCUCGUCAAGAAGAUCAAAGACCGGCUGCCGCUGGCUGUGGUUGGUAGCAACACCAUCAUCGAAGUGAAUGGGAAGAAGAUCCGAGGAAGGCAGUACCCAUGGGGGGUAGCAGAGGUUGAAAAUGGAGACCACUGUGACUUCACAAUUCUACGGAACAUGCUCAUCAGGACCCACAUGCAAGACCUGAAGGACGUUACGAAUAAUGUCCACUAUGAGAACUACAGGAGCAGGAAGUUAGCUGCUGUUACCUGCAAUGGCAUGGACAAUAACAAGAAUAAAGGCCAGCUCACCAAAGUUGACUCAGUCGAAGGCAUGAGCCCCCUGGCCCAGAUGGAGGAGGAGAGGCGAGAACAUGUGGCCAAGAUGAAGAAGAUGGAGAUGGAGAUGGAACAGGUCUUUGAGAUGAAGGUCAAGGAGAAGGUCCAGAAGCUGAGAGACUCAGAAGCAGAGCUGCAACGGCGUCACGAGCAGAUGAAAAAGAACCUGGAAGCGCAGCACAAAGAGCUGGAGGAGAAGAGACGCCAGUUCGAGGAGGAGCGGGCAAACUGGGAGAGCCAGCAGCGCUUUCUAGAGCAGCAGAAACUGGACGCCUCUAGGACCUUGGAAAAAAACAAGAAGAAAGGAAAGAUAUUUUAAAACGCGACUGCAGGACGACCAGGUUGCUCAUCGCCGUUCUCCCCAGUCCAGAUGUCUGUGUAGCUCUCUGACAGUGCUGCACGUGCGUGCUACUCGGUUAUGCCAGAGUACUGCGAGAGGCACACAAACAGCUGGACAUGCGGUCCCUCAGCAAUCCAAACCCUUAUUAAUGUGUGUACAUAUAUAUACAAAAUCCUAUACUCCUUUUUUUUUUUUUUUUUUUUUCUUUUUUUUAAUUAAAGCAUUUAACAGCAAAUGUCCACAGAUGUGUAGUGAUUCAACAGCCACCUUUUUGGUUGUUUUUGUUGCCAAUCUCUCUAGCUUUUUUUGAGGUCAGAAAAAGACUCUGCAUAACGGGGUUAUACCUCUUUGUUGUCGAUAUUCGUGACUUGCGCAUCUUGCAUGGAAGAAUGAGCAGAACUCUGCUACUCCUAAAGUGUAGUGUGUGUGUGUGUGUGUGUGUGUGUGUGUGUGUGUGUGUGUGUGUGUGUGUGUGUGUGUGUGUGUGUGUG